AUGACGUUCGAAAAGAUCGUGAAACUGUGUGAAAAGCACGGAUUCUUGCGAAGAAUCGCCAAUCCGAGGCUAGAAAUGUUCAAAAUCGGGCCAACUGGGGCACUUUUGCAAGAAAAUUUGCACACCGAGUGGCUCAAUAAUAUCGUAAUUAGUAAAGACAUUCAAAUGUUUCAUUGUGUGGACGAUUUCGCGGCGACUUUCGAUUUUGCCAAAGCGACGUGUUUGGGGAUUCCCCCGUUUGGCAUCUCUCGUGUAACACAGAGAAAAUUGCGAGUGCAGGAACAACUAGAUAAAACAGGAUUUGAGAAGUAUUUCGACCAGGGACGGAUCUACGAAUGCUGCGUUUUUAUGCCCCCGAAAGACGUGACCCAGUUUUUCCACCAAUGGCAACGCGAGCGCAAAAUUUGGUGGCGCCGAUUUUCUUCGUCACCUGGACGUUAUAUUUUAACAGAGGGGACCCAGAACGUUGAAAUUUUGGCCAAGUAUCCAUGGGGGGACCAGCUGGUUGAAAGUUUGAGUGUUGUUAGUAAAAUCGAGGGACUCACAAGUGGGCAAUUACAGGUCCAGGAGGGUAAAAAAUUAGUUGAAAUGCAUUGUGUUGUUAGUAAAAUAUCGUCCGUGACGAUGCUUCUAAAUACGAUAUGUGAUGCUUACGAAGAGCCCCUUUUUCAGGAGAAAGAGCGCCCUUUGUUUCGAUUUCACCGUAAAUUGGCUCCGUAUAAAAUCAGUUUUUCGGUCCCUUCAGGCACUAAAGCGGUAACUAACGAAUUGAAGGACUUGGCGGUUUAUUUGUGUCGCCAGUUGCGGAAAAAUCACAUUUCCUGUCUGUACCUCCCUUCCAGUUAUAAAAAUACACUUGAUUUCCAAUGGAAACAAUACGACCAGUUGGGGGUACCUUAUAAUGUACUUCUAAACGAAAAAACCCUAAAAAACGGAAUUGUUUUUUUACGAAGUCGUGAUACGACGCUCAAGGAACAAGUGCAUGUGGCAGACCUGGCCCCCUAUGUCGAAAAACUGUUCAAAAAUUAUUAAUUCUGAUUGUAUUUUUUAUUUCAUGGACUCCCAUGACUUUACAUAAAUAAAUCUCAUUUCUUUAGCAACAA